AGGGGUUUUUAUUUCGCGUCACAGGUGGUUCUGAAAACCUCCGAGAAGAAAAAAAGAUGGCUUCUUCAUCGUCGGCUUCAUCAACAACCCUUGGUUAUGAGAUGCCAUGGGUAGAGAAGUACAGACCUAACAAAGUCAUUGACAUUGUUGGUAACGAAGAUGCUGUUUCAAGACUUGAAAUCAUCGCGAGGGAUGGAAAUAUGCCCAAUCUCAUCUUAGCUGGUCCUCCUGGAACUGGAAAAACUACAAGUAUAUUGGCUCUUGCACAUGAGCUUUUAGGGCCAAAUUGUAAGGAAGCUGUUUUAGAGCUAAAUGCAUCAGAUGACAGGGGAAUUGAUGUUGUGAGAAACAAAAUCAAGAUGUUUGCUCAAAAGAAAGUGACUUUACCACCGGGGCGUCAUAAGAUUAUUAUUCUGGACGAAGCCGACAGCAUGACAUCAGGAGCACAACAGGCUUUGAGGAGAACGAUGGAAAUUUAUUCAAACUCCACGCGUUUUGGUCUUGCUUGUAAUAUGUCUUCAAAAAUUAUUGAGCCCAUUCAGAGUAGAUGUGCUUUGGUUCGUUUCUCAAGAUUGUCAGACCAGGAGAUCCUUGGUCGUCUUAUGGUAGUGGUCCAAGCUGAAAAGGUUCCUUACGUGCCGGAAGGUCUAGAAGCCAUCAUUUUCACUGCAGAUGGUGAUAUGAGACAGGCACUGAAUAACUUGCAAGCUACUUUCAGUGGGUUUCGAUUUGUCAAUCAAGAGAAUGUGUUUAAGGUGUGUGACCAGCCACACCCUUUACAUGUUAAGAACAUGGUUCGCAAUAUACUCGAGGGGAACUUUGAUGAUGCAUGUGCUGCUUUGAAGCAACUGUAUGAUAUGGGCUAUUCUCCAACUGAUGUGAUAACAACCCUUUUCAGAAUAAUUAAGAACUACGACAUGCCUGAGUAUCUGAAGUUAGAGUUUUUGAAGGAGACUGGAUUUGCUCAUAUGAGAAUCUGUGAUGGAGUUGGUUCUUUGCUUCAACUAUGUGGUCUUCUUGCUAAGUUUUCCAUAGUACGUGAAACAGCAAAAGCCAUGUAAGUAUAUGUAUUGGUUAGAGUAUUUAGGUUUUUUUCGCUUCUGGAUAUUGGGUGUCUACAUGUUGUUUGGUUUCUGUUUGUUACCUUCACUUAUGCACACUGUUUCCUCAGCGAGAUUGAACUAGUAUGUUUUAUGUUAUCUGUAGCCUUAAUAGGAUUUUUUUUUUAAUCUCCAAACAUGUGAGACUUUAAUGCAUCAUGUAACUAUGGAUAUAACCUAUGCUCUUUUAAUGGCAACACUUUCACUGAA